AUGGCACCUAGAUUUGUAGGUCCAUUUGAGAUUUUGGAGAGGAUAGGACCAGUUGCUUAUCAACUCACCCUGCCGCCUAGCCUUGCACGUAUUCAUGACGUAUUUCAUGUUUUUGUUCUUAGAAAAUAUAUUCCAGAUUUGACACAUGUAUUGGAUUGGACUUCUUUACAGGUCAUGGAUGGCCAGCUGGCUUUGGAGCCAAUAUGUAUACUACAGCAGUGGACCCUGACCCUCAGGGGGUGCACCAUAGAGCAGGAAAGGGUCCAAUGGGACCCAAAUGAUGAAACUUCAGCUACAUGGGAGGAUUUAGGCAGCCUUAGAGAUACUUACCCCUAUUUGGUUAUAGGCUUCAAGGAGUAA